AUGUCAGGAACCCCUUCUCAGCAGGUCCCCCUCUCCAAGGGGACGGACUCGGAAAUUUCCCUCCCCUCAAACGACACCCCAGUGUUACCAGCGCUUGAAACAGUAAAGACAGACUUUAAGCCCUCGACGAGUUUCUUGCUAGCAUUUGCAUCAUUGAUGAUCAUCACCCUCGCAGCAGCUAUCGAUGCAACCUCACUCAGUAUCGCCCUUCCCAUUAUCACCACAAAACUUCGUGGCACUGCUAUUGAGGCAUUCUGGUCUGGCACAUCGUUCUUGGUUACAUCCGCAGUGUUUCAACCGGUCAUUGCUGGCUUGAGCCAUGUUUUUGGACGGAAAGAACUCGUUCUUAGUUCGGCGUUGUUCUUCGCUGUUGGAUCUAUUGUUGCAGCGGUCGCUACAAACUUCACCAUGAUGCUUGUUGGGAGAUCCAUUCAGGGUAUUGGAGGAGGAGGAAUUCUCGCACUUGGUGAAGUUAUCAUCACAGACCUUCUUCUCGAGGAGGCAAGCUACCUUAUCUUGACCUGUGAUUCACUGGCUGACAUGUUUCCAGCAUAUUUUGGCUAUCUUGGAUCGAUAUGGGCGAUAGGCAGUGUAACAGGACCCCUUAUGGGAGGUGCCUUUGCGCAAAAUGUCUCCUGGCGUUGGAUAUUUUGGAUCAACCUACCAUUUAUUGGUAUCGGAACAGUCGCCAUCAUCUUCUUCUUGAAAUUAGACAAAUUGCCUGGAAGUAUCACAGACAAGAUCAAGACAUUCGACUGGGUCGGAUCUGUCAUUUUUGUUGGCUCAACGGUUGGGUUUCUCAUCCCUCUAACCUGGGGAGGAGUCCAAUAUCCCUGGGAUUCAUGGCGAACGCUUUUCCCUCUCCUCGUGGGUGUCGCUGGCAUUGUCGGCUUUGGAAUGUACGAAUACUAUCUUUUCCGUAGACGUAUCGCCUCCCAAGACAUGAACCCUAUCGAACCCAUUAUCCGCUUCAGCAUCUUCAACAACACCACUAUGCUCAUUACCUACUUCGAGACCAUUAUCCACGGCAUCGUCCUAUGGGCCCUUCUUUACUUUCUCCCUCUCUAUUACGAAGCCGUAAAAGGCUACACCCCCAUCAUCUCCGGUGUUGCCAUCCUCCCGGAAACCAGUCUUGUUGCGCCAAUGGCAGUGGUUGUAGGCGUCGUCUCCUCCUUGACAGGACGCUACAGAUGGGCUAUAUGGAUCGGCUGGUUCCUUGUAACCCUCGGCUCUGGACUUCUCAUUCUCCUGGAACCGGGCACCUCUAUUCCCGGGUGGAUUUUCCUCAACUUCGCAGUCUCAAUCGGCACAGGCAUGCUUUUCCCGGCCAUGGCGCUUGCUAUCCAAGCCGCUGGCCGUCCAGAAGAUGCCGGUCAUGCAGCGGCCUUUUACUCCUUCACGCGCGUUUUUGGUCAAUCUGUUGGUGUCGCGAUCGGUGGGGUUAUUUUCCAGAAUCAAAUCAAGCAGAAGCUUCUUUCUUAUGAAGCGCUAGCGCCUUUCGCGCAGCAGUAUAGCAAGGAUGCUACUGCUUUGAUCAGCGUCAUCAAAGGCCUGGCUGAGGGAACAGAUAAAACGCACUUGAUCAAGGCAUAUUCGGAUAGUUUGAGCACGAUUUGGAUGGUGAUGACUGCGUUGAGUGGGGUUGCGUUUGUAGCGAGUUUGUGGACGAAGGGUUUUAGUCUCACGCAAGAACAUAACACGAAGCAGGGCUUUCAUGCCGAGGAGAAGACUGCAGACCCUGAGGAUGGAGGUGCCUCUCUGCGGACUGGAUGA